AUGGACAAAAGUUACUGUCAGUUUAUAAACUCUGGUGGUUCAUGGCUUUCGUUUCCUGAACCAGAGGAAGACAGUGAAUCUGAAGGGGAGCAUAACAAUGACUUAGACUCGCGACAGGCAACUUUGUUGCCAAAAAAUGAAAUGCAUCUUUACGGUCAGUGUCCAGCAAACGAUAGUUGUGGAUUGGUCACUUGUGAUGACUGUGGAAAGAUCAUCAAAAUGCCUCUUUUUAAAUGGCAUCGUGGUUGUUAUCAAAAAUAUGAAAAUGUGAACGCUGAUGCAAUGGAUGUUGACACAGUGGAAGUGAAAAUUGAGGAAAUUCCGCUGAUUAUACCUAAAGACAUUUCAAAUGCGGAACAAACAACCGAAAUUCACUCACUAAAUCAUGUUGUGAAGAAAAUUACAUCAACGAAAAAAGAGGUUAAGGACUCAACGAAGAAGUUUGUUUUAACCAAAGAUCGAGAAUAUGAUCCCAACAGACAUUGCGGUGUUUGGUUAGAGGAUCAACAGAAAAACUGUACAAGGUCUUUAACAUGCAAGACUCAUGCUUUAUCAUUACGGAGAGCGGUUCCUGGUCAGAUUAAGAAAUUCGAUGUUUUAUUGCUGGAACAUGAGAGAGUGAAUAUCAAAAAGAACAACAGUUGUUAA